CAUCAUCACCGCCAGCGUCUCCGCCAUCAUCAUCCUCACACGCAGUUGCUGAUGUUGAGCAGCACUGGAGCGAAAGCGGGGAAGCCAUGAGUUUGACUGGCGUAGGUCUUUCCUCUUCGGGGUUUUCAUAACAAGGUCAUCGGGCCACUAGAAUAAUGGGAAGGAGGAAGGACUGGAAGCCUUGGAGGACCUUACGUUCGAUCUAUGAGGUGAUGGACCUUUCCAAAUGAAGGUAUCAGAGAAGGAGCUGAUUUGAUGCCAUGGCCAAGAAGGGACGUCCCAAGGGCGAGAGGCCCGAAGUUCUUAUUUCCUCCCUGCAAGCAGCUAACGAAGAACUCAGGUCCAAACUCACUGAUAUUCAGAUAGAAUUGCAUCAAGAGAAAUGCAAGGUGAGCAAGCUGGAGCGGGAGAAGUCGCAGGACGUCAAGCGGAUCCGAGAGCAGGAGCAGCACCGGCACACGGUGGCGAUGACGGAGCAGCGAGCCCGCUGGCAUGAGGAGAAGCAGAAGGAGCUGCAGGCCUUGCGGGAGAUGCUGGCACGCCAACACGAGCAGGAGGUUGCCCGUAUUAUCAAGAUCCGCGAUGCCGAGAACCAGCGGCUGAAGACGGCUCUGAUUGCCCAGCGUGAUGGCAGCGGGGAGAAGGUGCGGACGGCCCUCACGCUGGAGGCCCGGGAGGAGGCCCGGCGAUUCUUUGACCAGGAGCGCCUAAGGCUGCUUCAGGAGAUCACCGAGCUCAAGGCCUCCAAGAAGCAGGCGGACCAAACAUUGAGUGACAUCAUCCAGGCUGAUAAGAUGAAGGCUGGGGACUUGCGCAGUGAGCACCAGUUGCACCAGGAGGAGCUCUCCAAAAUCAAGUGGGACUGCGAGCGUAACAUCCGUAGACUGGUGGACGAGAUCAAAGCAAAGGAUCGCACCAUAUUCUCCCUCGAGAGGGAGCUGGAGACGGCGAUGGGCUCCGUGCAGAAGCUGCAGCUGCAGAAGGACGCCCUGGACGAGCAGCUCUUCCUGGCCAAGGAGGCCGAGUGCAACCUGAGCAGCCCUAAGCGGGAGAUCCCCGGCCGCAUGGGAGAUGGCGCUGAGCAGUGCGGCAGUCCGGAUUUGCGCAAGAACCAGAGGCGUCUGGCGGGACUGAACUCCACCAUCCGCCGACUGGAGGACCGCAACGCUCUGCUGGUGGAAGAGAGGAACGAGCUGCUGAAGCGUGUUCGAGAGACGGACAAACAGAUCAAGCCCCUGUUGGAGAAGAAUAGGCUGCUGGGUAGGAGAAACGAUGACUUGAGCCAGUCUCUUCAGCGACAGGAGGAGAAGAUCCGCUCGCUGGCCAAGGAGAACAUGGAGAUGAAAGAAAAGAUCAGUUCCCACCCUCCUCUGAAGAAGCCAAAGUCUCUGAAUGAUCUGGACCAGGUUCAUGCCGAGCAGGAGAUCGAGUUCCUGAAGCUGCAAGUUCUGGAACAGCAGAACAUUAUAGAUGAUCUGACCAGGGAUAGGGAAAGACUCCGUAGAAAGCGUCAGAAACGCAGCUCCAGGCCUUUGAAGAGGCAUACAGUGGUGGACACCUUCUUUGGGUAUGACGAGGAAUCGAUGGAUUCUGAAACCUCGUCGCUGGCCUCCUUCCGAACCGACAGGACCCCCGCCACUCCUGAGGAAGACCUAGAAGAGGGCUUACCCUCGGAGGAUACGGAGCUGCGUUUUCGACAGCUGACACAGGAGUACCAGGCAUUGCAACGAGCGUAUGCCCUUCUGCAGGAGCAGAAAGGGGGCGUGGUAGAUGCUGAAAAGCAAGCUAAGGCUCACGAGCAGCUCCAAGCUGAUCUUCUGAUGUACAAGGCCAAAGCUGAGGACCUCGAAAAGGAGCUCACCCUGAGAGGACAGGACUCAAAGUGGGUGGAAGACAAGCAGUUGUUCCUCAGAAGAAACCAGGAUCUCGUUGAUAAGGUAGAAAAGCUUGAAGCGGAUGUUAAUCAACUUCAGCGGGAGUUACAGGACACCAGGGAUCAGGGCGAGCUGAUGGAGUUCAGGAUUCUGGAGCUGGAGGAGCGGGAGAGAAGAUCACCUCCGUUUAACCUCCAAAUUCACCCUUUCAGAGAAGGGGUCAGCGCUCUGCAGAUAUACUGCAUGAAGGAAGGGGUGAAGGAUGUCUGUAUUCCAGAUCUAAUCAAGCUGCUGGAUAUCCUCGGCGAUAAUGGGAAUUUGCGAAACGAUGAGCAGGUGGCGAUAAUUCAAGCCAGCACUGUACUCUCACUGGCCGAAAAGUGGAUCCAGCAGAUCGAGGGCACAGAGGCCGCACUCCAUCAGAAGAUGGUGGAUCUGGAGGUAGAGAUGGAAAUGUUCCGCAAGCAGAAAGGCUACCUGGAGGAGGAACUCGACUACAGGAAGCAGGCCUUAGACCAAGCCUACACGCAAAUCCAGGAGCUGGAGGCGACGCUGUACAAUGCGCUGCAGCAGGAGCCCGCGGUGCUGUACGGGGAAGCCCUCAAUGACAGGCAGCGCGACGAGCUGCAGGCCGCCGUGGGCAAACUGCGACGGCAGAUGCUGCGCAAGAGCCGCGAGUAUGACUGCCAGGUGCUACAGGAGCGCAUGGAGCUGCUGCAGCAGGCCCAGCAGAGAAUCCGAGAUCUGGAGGACAAGACCGAUAUUCAGAACAGACAAAUCAAGGACUUGGAGGAGAAGGCUCUCUGGCAGCGCGAGGACACUGUACACAGCAGCAUUAGUCUUAAACCAUUUGUUCACCCUGGCCUUGUUUACAGCUUUCACAUGUAUGUAGCAAGAGCUACUCCUGCCGGAUGAAGAUAAGCCAUUUGCUGGACGAUGAACGGAGAUUCUGCAUGUUUCCUUGUAAACCCACAAGUAACACUUAUAUGCUGCAGUAUUAACUGGUGAAGGGAACUUCUGACUUUCAUGGGACAAGAUGUGACAUAAAAAAUGAACUCCCAUCUCAGAUAUCAAGCAAACCAAAGAUGGGAAACCUGUUUCUCUGCCAUGCAGGGGGAAGCUAAACGACAUCACUGUCUCGAGGUCAGCGACGGUGAAGCUGUGUUGGGGGAGGCGCCCUCUGGCUGUUGGAGGGUUAACUGCGGGCAACCCUGUCCCUACUGUAAAACCUCUUUGAAGGCACGCGCGCCUGAUAUCUCGCCACACUGUGACGGAACGCAGAGAAUCACGUCUUGCUGCAUGCAUUCAGCAGAUCUGAAGGUGGGGUGGCAGACACAGCAGAUUGGUGAUCACUGCUGCUUAAUCCUUUUUAAAGGAUUUUUUUCUUUAUUUAAAAGAAAGGUUCUUUAUUUAAAAAAAAAUAUAUGGAAAAGACGCCUUUGUCUCCACAUUCCGAGAUAUCGACCUGUGUACACAGGCAUACACUAUGCAGCCGAAAGCGUGUGUUCACAAUCACCUGCUGUUUUCCUGCACGGACAAACGCAAGUUCCAAACUGGAAUCGAAGUUUGCCCCCCGCCCCUUUCACUCGAGAAAUUAUCUCCUGUCUCACAGACUUGAGGUCAAAUGCAUUGGUAUUUAUAUGCACCUGGAAAUGCAGUGUUUAGCGAUAGAUAGUUCACUUUGAACUGAAUGUAAUUGUGCUUUAAAGAGCAUGCACCCUGCAAACAUACAGGUAAGCAAUGCUGAAUUUUGCAACAACAGACUCAGAACUGCCUUAUUGCAUUUACUGGUAAUGGAUUACGUAAAGCACUGAAUGUGAUUAUUUUGUGCUGUGCUUAUGUGAGCCUUAUACAUACAAAUUCUUUUCCUCAAAGAAUUUAAAAACGUGCAUGUUGGACAAAAUUUAACACUUUGGUGUGAAAGACAAUCUAUUUUCUAACUUUAUCACACUGUAGUUCACGUUCAGUGUACUGCUCUCAGUGCAGCUUUUUGUUACCUAGCGCAGUAUUUUCCAAUCCGGUCCUCAUGGAAUGUCUGUGGGUUCCCACGGACUGGGUUUGAGAAUCACUGGUCUAGAGUGGAAGAGGAGUAGAGGGAGAUGGAUAUGUGUGUGCAUUGGGGAUAGCUUGGGAAAGUAUAUACGCGUUUGUAGCAUACAGCGUUAAAAUGCAGUUUUAAAUAGUCUUGUUAGAUUCCUUAAUUCUGAGAGAAUGUGAAGGGCACAUGAAUACUGCAUUUGUAUGCUAAAUCUGAACAUGAUCAAACUAUUUAAUGAAUGUACAGAAUUUAUUUCUAUGCAUUUGACCCCAGGUCUGAUUCCCUGUCUGUAACUACAUGCCUGAUGGAUCAUGGCGUGUUUUGCUCGUCUGUAAAUACCUGCCACGUUUGCAUUUUGGUGGAUUACGAUGAGAGCGCUUACAUUUUUUUAAGCAGGAAUUAAUUUAAAUGUCUUUCUCUGCAGUUGGGAAUAGAUCUUUGUUUGAUGCAGGAGGCAUGGAGAGUGUCUGUAAGAAAUACCUGCGAUUGCAUUAUUGUUCCUAAUUAUUGCCAAGCUAUGGUCCCGCUUGAAAAAUGUGUGAAUAAGAAAAUUAUUCAUGAAUAAAUGGUCAGUCAACAAAUGGACACGUUAAAUGGGAUGUACAUGGCAGUCGAACAUUUUUGACAGAUUUUUAACGAUAUAUCUAUUAUAAACUGCCUUAAAUUCACAGAUCCUCCUUUGACAGUUUGAUUUAACGUGGUGUUUUGGUAUUAACUUUUACACGUCUAUUCUUUGUCCAUUUAUUUUUACUUUACUGUUAUAUUCUUUGUAAUAUAUGCCACAAAAAAGAACUAAAUUAAAUGUUCAUGGCCUUCAGACGUUUGCACCUUACGUUGUGAUGCUGCUUGAUUGGCUUGAUUGUAAGAUACUUUACAAACUGGCCCUGAGGGACCAAUAUUGAUGACUUCUAUUAUUUUGCAUAAAGUGAUCUUAAAUCGUAGGUCAUAAACACUGUAUAUUGUCACAAAUAAAAAGGGGAUGAUCAAUAUAACUAUCAUUUUAGUAUAUUUUAAUGUCUGGAGGUUUGUAACCAACAUAUAAGUAGGUUAGUUUUGCAGACCGGUUCACCGGUUCAAGACAAUAUCCCAUUUAUCACUUUUACGACAUCAGUUCUCGAGCAAUAUAAAAGC